GCCGAGGAUCCUGAGACAGCACGUGGAUCUCCCACAGCCUCUGCUCACAGCUACCAUGAAGGUCUCCGCCGCCGCCCUCGCUGUCAUCCUCGCCAUGGCUGCCCUCUGCGCUCCUGCAUCUGCCUCCCCAUAUGCCUCGGACACCACACCCUGCUGCUUUUCCUACCUCUCCCGCCCGCUGCCCCGCGCCCACCUCCGGGAAUAUUUCUACACCAGCAGCAAGUGCUCCAUGGCAGCAGUCGUCUUUAUCACCAGAAAGAAUCGCCAGGUGUGCGCCAACCCAGAGAAGCAAUGGGUGCAGGAGUACAUCAACGCUUUAGAGUUGAGCUAGGAUGAAGGACGCCUUGAACCUGAACUUGUGCAAACUUUGCUUCUUGCUCUUGUCCUAACCAGCUUGGGAGGUUUCCCCCCAGUGCCCUCCUCCCACCCACUCCUUGGAGGGCACAGAUUCCACCACCCGCAGCAGCUGCUGUAAAAGCCUCCCAGGGCUCCUGGGGCUCUGCCUUGUGCACAGGAGGUCUCUAGGCUCCGAGCUUCAGAGCCCUCGCCCGGCCACCGCUCUGCAGUCAGGAAGGAUGUCAGCACCUCUGGAGGCGAAGGAGGGAGGGAGACUGGGCUCCUGCGGUCAUGCCCCAUGACCAAAGCGCCCAUCUCAGCCCCUCACUGGGAAGGGCUGACUGGCAAAUGUAAGAAAUCAGAUUCUCAUUAAAAUUCUCAAUGCAAUUACAAA